GAAGUUGUUCCGGCGACAUGUUUACGCCAAAAGGCCAUAUCCGAUCAUGCAUCCGGAUGCAGCAGUAGCCAAACCUCGGCCUAAGCGUCGCCCGCGAAUCUGCCGCGCCUGUGAUGCCUGCUAUAAGCGAAAGAUCCAGUGUGACGCAGCGACGCCUCGGUGCAACUGGUGCCAUCACCAUGAUCUUCCUUGUACUUUCAAGCGCAAUCAGGAACGAAAUCAAGCUCGCUCCAAAGCUCACCAACAUCAUCCCUCAGAGUAUGGACUUGUGAUGCGGCAGCGAAAGUUUGCUAAGACUUGCUUCCAGCACCCAACAGUCCAGUUCCAGAGAAACACUCGCCCCACAAGGUAGUCAUUUGCAUCUUCUAUCUUGAAUUCAUACUAGGCUCGAGCCUUCAAACGCGCAUCACUUACAAGGCUACUCAGCCACAUC